AUGGCCAGGCCAUGCCAGAUACGUGGCUUUCAGAUCGCUUGGCCAGCGAUUUUUUCCGAGGCUUUGGUUGGCAUGCGCAGUAUAAAUUUUUUUCUCUCGCUAGUUGACAGGCGGAGGGAGGUCGUGCCGUCUAUUAAGGCCAACCCACGUCGUCUCGCCCUUCAUUGUGCACCAGUGGUGGAGAAGAUGGAGGAACUUAUUGAUGAAGUGAAGGAGCAUCCAUGUUUAUAUGACAUAAGAAUGGAGGAGUAUCGAGAUGUUCAAAGAAAAUAUAACAUUUGGGAACAGAUAGCACAAAACCUACAGCGUGAUUCCAAAAGUAUCAAGCAAGACUGGAAGAAACUCAGGGAUUGCUAUCGACAAGCACAAGCUCGAAGAAAGACCACCAGUGGUCAGGCAGCAAAGAACUGGAAGCCUUGGCGUUACGAGAAGCAAAUGCAGUUUUUAACUGCAUCAAUGAGAUCAAGAGAGACUAACACAAACAUCGAGGAUAUCAACAUAGAUUGUGUUGAUGACAACAAUGAAAGUACUGUAACAACUGCAUGUGACAUGCAGGAAGAGAUUGCAGGUUCUGUAUCUACUUCAAAAGAUGGGGAUACCCGUUGUCGUAAAAAGAGGAAGUCUUCCACCCCAAGUGAUGUCGAUAAGGUCAUUACGUAUUUGCAUGAAAAAAGGGCAAUGUCUUACAAACAGGACGAUUUGGAUUACUUUUUUAUUAGCGCAUGUCACUCUACUAGGAAGCUAUCUCGUAGGCUUCAAAAUCAAAUCAAAAGAGAAGUUCUGGACUGCAUUGCAAGAGCGGAAGAACAACACGAGUAUGAAAUCUCAAAACAUGUUUUUGCACCUUCCCCAGCACCUUCCACCUUUUCUGCUGCAACUGCAUCUACUGACUCUGAUUCAUCAUUUGCCAGUUCCUCAAAAUGUGAUGCAUAAUAUCCAGAAUGAUAAAAAUGCUGUAUGUUACACAUACGUUGGUUAAAAAAUAUUGCCAUACCAAUGUAUAUCUGGGUAUAUAAUUUAGUGAAUGAUCCUGGGGAAAAAUUAUACCAAUUUAAUAUGUACAAAGAUUUGAAAUAGUUAUAUUUUAGCUUGUAGAAGGUUGAAAUUUAUUUCUUUUAUUUUUUACUUUUAUCCUCUUCAACCACUGAUUGGCUCUUUAGCCGCUUGGCUCUUACGCUCCAUAAUGAAACAAACAAAACAAUAAAGGGUAAAGUAACGUUUCAUACAUAUAUGUGUUUAGUUAAUAAUUACUUAGUUAUUUUUAUUAUAUACCAAUGUAGAAUUAAUAAAGUUUUCA